AUGCCGCCGCCGGUCGCCAUGACAUGUUGCCUCAGCGAGGAAGCUAAGCUGCAAAAACGGGUGAACGAAGAAAUCGAACGCCAGCUCAAUCGGGAAUGGUUCGAAGCACGCCGUGAAUCGAAAUUUCUUCUGCUCGGACCUGAAGAAGCGGGAAAGACGACGUUUCUGAAACAGGUGCGUCUCAUUCAAGAAGGUGAUGCUCGUCGCGACCGCGUCGAACACGUUCGUAGUGUGUUUCAAGCUCUCAUCGGAGCUUUGCAGCGCAUCGUGCGCGCGAUGGAUGCAUUAGGUAUUCCGUACAAGAACCCGUCUAAUGUGGAGAACGCAAUGUUGGUUUUGUCGGUACGCUGCGAGACGUUGGAGCCUCCCCUGACCGAGCCAGUGUCUGAGGCCUUGCGUCGUCUUUGGGAGGACGCGGGUGUUCGCGAGUGUUACGAGAGGCGUGCAGAGUACGGUGGUCUGCCACCUUUCUUGCCGGACGUGCACCGCGUCACAUGUCCUGGUUACGUACCGUCUCGAGAGGAUUACCUUCGAGUUCGGACGCCGUCCCGCGGAGUUCUCGAGUAUCCCUUUUUACUGGACGAGUGUCCCGUGCGUCUGGUCGACGUUGGCGAACAGCGCUCUGAGCCCAAGAAAUGGAUUCAUUGUUUUCAAGACGUGAGUGCAGUGAUCUUUGUGGCGCCACUUUCUGAUUACGACGACCCCGGAAAGAUGGAGCGUGCCCGAGCGCUCUUCAGCACCAUAGUAUCUAGUCCCUGGUUCGCCGAAUCACAUCUGCUCCUACUCCUCAACAAGAAAGACCUCCUGGAACAGAAGAUCGAGCGGGCACCACUGGGAGCCUACUUCCCAGCCUACCGGGGUCCACCGGGCGAUCCCAAAGCUGCCAGAGAGUUCAUCCGUCGCACUUUCGCCGACCUCAACCCGGAGAGACCCGUCUACUUUUUCUUCACGUGUGCCAUUGAUACGGACGAUAUUCGUUAUGUGAUGCCUACCUUGAGGGAGAUCGCCUGCCUUCGGUCUUUUCCUGGCCGAGGCCGACAGCCUUCAGACGCCUCAAGCAACGCAGAAGCCGCGGUGGCCGCGGCCACAGCCUUCACUUUCCCCACCACCUAGAGAUCCCGAGGUACCGGGUGCUUCACAACGGAGG